GACUCUACUAGCGGCUCCGAAGUAGUUUACCUCUUCCUUUCACCGUUUGCUUAAACACCGCGCGUUCCCUCCUUACCUCUCUCGCUAAACCCUGCCGCCGGUUCGGCGAGCGUCCCCGCUGACUCCAUCGGCGAGCAUAUCCCUCGACACUGCAGACGACAAUCUGCAGCAGUAACUCUUCAGGUGGAGUGAAAAAAAUUUACAGGUCAUAACUACAUUAGGAAUUAAAGCUUCUUGGAGAAACCAUGGCCAAGCAUCAUCCUGAUUUGAUUAUGUGCAGGAAGCAGCCAGGAAUUGCCAUUGGACGAUUGUGCGAGAAAUGUGAUGGCAAGUGUGUGAUCUGUGAUUCCUAUGUGUGUCCUUGCACGCUUGUACGAGUUUGUGAUGAAUGCAACUAUGGAUCGUUCCAGGGUCGGUGUGUCAUCUGUGGAGGAGUUGGAAUCUCUGAUGCAUACUACUGCAAAGAGUGCACACAGCAGGAGAAGGAUAGGGAUGGUUGUCCAAAGAUUGUCAAUUUAGGGAGUGCUAAAACCGAUCUGUUCUAUGAACGCAAGAAAUAUGGUUUUAAGAAACGAUGAUGGGUUUUCUCCUUUUGUAAUUGCCAUUUAUUUCUGUGUGCUACCAUACAUGGAGAUGGAAUCUAAAGUACUCUGAAUGAUAGUGUUGACAGCUAGAAAAUCUUGGAACUGGAUCAAAAUUUUGGAACUGGAUCAACUAUAAUUGAUUAGGCACGGACCUCGGUGGACUAUCUCUAUUAGUCUUGGUGGUGUUGAUUGUUAAUGUUUAUAGAUUAUGACUCGUAUUCAAUGGCUGGUAGAAGAGAAGGUUUUGUAUUAUGUCCAGGGGUAUUUUGAGGGUUUUUCAUACAGGCGUAGUUUAUAAGGAUUUUGCAGAUGCUCGUGCAUAAAAUCGGUAUGUGUUUGUUUUGUUCUCUCCACUUGUUUUAUUUCAUUCAUGCUCGAAAUUCUGAAAUAUUGUUAUCCCAUCUUAGUAUUUUGGAUUUUUUUUUUUGUGAAUUUAAAUAAAAUGUAAUAUAACAUUUUAUUGA